CAGACGGUGCAGGGGCUGUGGCAUCUCGGGCUAGGCUCUGAGCACCGGGCACCGAGUUGGGCAGGUGCGGGCCUGUGCGGGCCGCAGAGGAACCCGCGGUUCCCAGCCGCACCUAGCCGUCGGGGGAGCGCGCCUGUGCUGCGGCGGCGGCGUGAACUCUUGUGCACCUGCUCCUGAGCACCGACUGAGCCCAGAUCAUGGCCCUCCACCCUCGAAGAGUCCGGCUGAAGCCCUGGCUGGUGGCCCAGGUAGACAGUGGCCUUUACCCUGGUCUCAUCUGGCUACAUAGAGAUUCCAAACGCUUCCAGAUCCCCUGGAAACAUGCCACACGGCACAGCCCCCAACAAGAGGAAGAAAACACCAUUUUUAAGGCUUGGGCUGUGGAGACUGGAAAGUACCAGGAAGGGGUGGACGAUCCUGACCCAGCUAAAUGGAAGGCUCAGCUCCGCUGUGCUCUCAACAAAAGCAGGGAGUUCAACUUGAUGUACGAUGGCACCAAGGAAGUGCCCAUGAAUCCUGUGAAGAUCUAUCAAGUGUGUGACAUCCCCCAGCCCCAGGGCUCUGUCAUUAACCCAGGAUCCACAGGGUCUGCUCCUUGGGAUGAGAAAGAUAAUGAUGUGGAUGAAGAUGAUGAGGAGGAUGAGCUUGAUCAGUCACAGCACCACGUCCCCAUCCAGGACACCUUCCCCUUCCUGAACAUCAAUGGUUCUCCCAUGGCGCCAGCCAGCGUGGGCAACUGCAGUGUGGGAAACUGCAGUCCUGAAUCAGUGUGGCCCAAAACAGAACCUCUGGAGAUGGAAGUACCCCAGGCACCCAUUCAACCCUUCUACAGCUCUCCAGAGCUGUGGAUCAGCUCUCUCCCCAUGACUGACUUGGACAUCAAAUUUCAGUACCGUGGGAAGGAGUAUGGGCAAACCAUGACGGUGAGCAACCCACAGGGCUGCCGGCUCUUCUAUGGGGACCUGGGCCCCAUGCCUGACCAGGAGGAGCUCUUUGGUCCUGUCAGCCUGGAGCAGGUCAAGUUCCCAGGUCCAGAGCAUAUCACCAACGAGAAGCAGAAGCUGUUCACCAGUAAGCUGUUGGAUGUCAUGGACAGGGGACUGAUCCUGGAGGUCAGCGGACAUGCCAUUUAUGCCAUCAGGCUGUGCCAGUGCAAAGUGUACUGGUCAGGGCCGUGUGCCCCCUCGCUUGCUGCUCCUAACCUGAUUGAGAGGCAGAAGAAGGUCAAGUUGUUUUGUCUGGAAACCUUCCUGAGUGAGCUCAUUGCCCACCAGAAAGGGCAGAUAGAGAAGCAGCCACCUUUUGAGAUCUACUUAUGCUUUGGGGAAGAGUGGCCAGAUGGAAAGCCCCUGGAGAGGAAGCUCAUCUUGGUCCAGGUCAUUCCAGUGGUGGCUCGCAUGAUCUAUGAGAUGUUUUCUGGUGAUUUCACCCGCUCCUUUGACAGUGGCAGCGUUCGCCUGCAGAUCUCCACUCCAGACAUCAAAGAUAACAUUGUUGCUCAGCUCAAGCAGCUGUACCGCAUCCUUCAAACUCAGGAGAGCUGGCAGCCCAUGCAGCCUGCCCCCAGCAUGCAGCUGCCGCCUGCCCUGCCUGCCCAGUGACCCAGACUGCCGUGCGUGUCCUUUUCUUUCCUCUCUCUCUUUUUUUAUAUUGUAUAUACGGAUUUUUUAAAUUCAUAUUUAGUCAACUUUUAAAUCUUUCCAUAGCCUCAUUAGAAGUCUGAGACUUUCUGAAAAACACCUAGUUCCUCUAAUUAUCAAGAUACCAUCGUCUGAGGGGUUCCUUUUAGAUCUUCCACGGGUGGUGUAGGAGAGAUCUGAUUUGGAAGUUUAGACACUAGGAUUCUAGCCACAGCUGUGUUUCCAUCUGACUUUAGGCAGAUCGUUUAACUGAAGGGCAUCGGAUGCAUCACUUGUAAAUAAAAAAGGUUUGGAAUGAUGCCCCAAAUUGCAUUCGGCCUUAAAACGAUUAUUUUCCUCUACUUGUAUAAGACAAAACUGCCUGGAACAGGACCCUUCUGCAUUGUUCUUAGAACACAUAUUUUCCCCUUCUUGCUUUCAUCCAAGUUCCUUGAGCACUGAUGUGAUCUGAAUUGAGCUCUGUUUGACCUGUUCUGCUAGUACAGUCAGCUGGCUCCCUGCUUGGGGAAGUAAGAGAGGAGCUGAUUGGUUGCCUGGCAACCAGUCUUGAUAUCUAAAUAGAGAUGGUGCCAAGGUCUGAAAGUCACUCAACCUGUGUGUGGAGUAAAAGCUCAUAAAAUGAGUGUCAAAGGGGCAGUUGGUGACACGGAAAGCCGAAGGAUUCCAUGAGAGAAAGAAUGGUCGUCAGUGGAGGGACUCCAUGAGAGAAUGGUCAUCAGCGGAGGAAUUCCAUGGGAGAAUCAUCAUCAGCCGAGCACCUCGUCAACACUCACACCACCUUGUAUGUGGGGUUGAUGAGCAACUGUGAUUCCAUGUGACUCACUCAGGCAGACACUCUCCUCUUCCUCAUUUUCUUCUCAAAGAUUAUCUGGAGGGAGUUGGGCAUCUAGGAUACGCUCUGAUGAAAAAAAUGGACGGUUCUUGUUUAGAGACUUCCAAGAGUCUUCCUGCCAUUCGGACUUUUCUAUUUGUGGAAAAUGAGGUGUUGCAUAUGUUAAAGAUCUGGACAGUGCGCUUCUGGGGAAGGGUCAAACAUGCUUAUAGCACUUGCUAUGGGCAAUAGAGAUGGCGAAGAACAGCGCAACUGUGUCUCACCGAGUGUCGGCCCCAGUCCCUUCUCAUAAUUUGAAUCCUGAGACUUAGAUGAAAAGCAAGAUGCGUCUCUCUGGUUAUAGCCCCAAUUCUCUUGAACACUGGUGUUUGUUUGUUUCAUGUCACAUGGACCAUGCCUCUCUGUACAGUCUGCUGCUCUUACACCAUGGCUAGCAUCUUCUGCUUUUCUAGCCACUGAAAGUUGGGAUGCAUUUCAAGUUUAACAGCGCAACCUAAUCUUGGGUGACAGUGAGACUUACUUAGGAUGCUUAAGCUUUGGUUUAAAGUUCUCUUAGAGAUUAUUAAAGGGCGGACCAAGAGAGAUCUGGGUGAGCUAAGAAAAACCCGUGUCUGUGUGAAUAAGAGCGAAGUAUAAUUGUAUACACAUAGCCAUAGUAUAAACAUGUCAGAGUAAAACUCUUUGUAUACUAAUUAAAAAUUUUUAAAGAAAAGUUUAGGUAAAAGUUUAAAAAUUGGACUUUUAUAGAUCAGGAGUCAUGCAAGGCAUAGGGACUUUAUUCUUUGGAGGAAUGAGUAGCAUCAUUUGGUGAGAUGAAGUGAGGGAGUCUUGAUGUAUGGUUGCUCCAUCUGGGAGUUCAAAGUUAAAAAUAACCCGUUAUAGAGAAAGUAGGAGGGGAAUAGAGGACAUUUCCUUUCCAUUCUGUAACAUAUCAGCAGGCUUUGAGGGAUGGUCAGACAACAGGAUCUGGUAAAUAUGUUCUAAGGGCUACAGAUUGAGUUUUUAGGUGUGUGAUUGAGUUUUUAGGUUGACAAAUCUGUCAGUAUGAUGAACGAUUUUGUGAGGUCCUAACUAGACAGUCCAGUUUCUUCCUUGUCUUGCAUCUUUUUUUUUUUUUUUUCAGAAUGCUAGAAGCACACACUACAUACAGGGUCUUCUCUUGUCAUCUUUAGUAAGCUUUCUCUGGUUUUGAUAGAUACCAGGCCCUGUCCUUUUUAGGAGCACUAAGUUUCCCAAUGUUCCCAUUCACUCUCCAGAUGUCUUCUCCCUGGUCUUCAUCUGAAGACUCAGAAGGGAGGAUUUACCCUAGUUCCUCUUUUUCCUUACUGUGCACUCCAGAUGACGUCCAAUGUUAAAGAACCACUACAGAUAAACUGGGAAGGCAGAUGUUGAAUCUGGUCUCCUCUCCACAAUUAAGACCUUGGUUGUAUGUUCCCAUAAUAUCUUAAACUUUCAGAAUAACUGUGUCAUUUGUAAAUUACUCCAUGUCUGUGUCCUGCUUGACUGACUGCCAACUUGGAAAGUGAAAACUGUUUGUCUUAGAUUUAUUGCCAGGUCUUUAGCAGUGUCUUAUACAGUGUGUUCUAUGAUAUUUGUGCUGUAAUAAAUGAACUAAGUCUUUUGAUUUGGAGAUUUAUUGCUAACUAUCAUGGGAAUGUAAAAUAAAUUUGGGAAGAAAAAAAUA